AUACUCGCCAUAGUCAAGUUUGUUUAGCAGCUCCAUUCAGUGCUCCACACCUCUGUGCUUGAUCUCUCAUCCUCAGGUUAUGUCACAUUCCAGGCAACAUGUUGGGACAGAAAGCGCACCUGAAACUAACAAGAAAGUGAUUUUAUGCCCUCCCUUUGGACCUAGCUGCAGAUUAGCAUGAUUUUCCUUGAGAUGAGGGACGACUUCUGCGUUUCUUCUUGGAAAAUUCAGAGUGUUUGUGAAACACAGCCUUGUUUUCCUCCUCUGGCCUUCUACUGUAAAUUUAGGAUAAACAAGCUCUCCUCCCCCUGCUGUGAUGACACUGAUGGAAACACAUCAGGAGCUGAUAAGUGUGUAACCACACCUGUAUCCUCCCCUCAAAUCUCCCAUCCGCAGCUUCAUUUUCAUACUUCCUGCUGGGUGCUUUUUCACCUUUUGUUGUCUUUUCUCUCAUAUUCGGUCCCGCAGUGCCAGUCUCACCGCCUCUCCAACCCAGUUCUCCCUCUCUUUGUCACUGGUUGUCGAUCAACCAGUCAGUGACAUGUGGAAUUUUUCAUCACCUCGCCCCGGGGGCACCAUGCUGCCGUGCCUGUGUAUCGUGCUGCUUUUUUUUUUCCAGUCCUGCCUUUUCUCUCUCUCUCUCUCUCACUCAUGCACACUCAUUCUCUCCCCGCAGUAUUAUUCUGAGUCAGCCAGUGGCAAGCUAUGGUUUGUUGUUUGCGGUCAACCCAGCUGUAUGGGGUAGUAGUAGCUGUCAGUGACUGAUCAGCUCUCCAUGGCCUAUCGUCCCUCCAGCUCUGGCUCCUACACUGUGGUUAUCAUCCCGCUCAAGACCAGCCUGUGCAGCGUGGACGCACUUCGCUUCUACCUAUGGAUUAAACGGUUGAAGGAUCUGGAGAAGGAGAAGGACGCUCUGUGGUCUGGUCUGGAGAUUCUGGAGAAGGCUCGGCUCUGGUAUCUCCAGCGGCUGGAGGAGAACAGGGCUUGGCAGGAUAGCAUCGAGAGCAGAAGUGGGUUUGUCUCCAGAAAUGAGGAUGGAGCAGAGGCUCGCUCCUGCCUCCUCAGGUCUCGUAUCCAGCGGGUGAACGGUUCGCUGGGCUCUGUGAUGAGUGAGCCCAACGCCAUGACCAGCAGCAACCCCUCUCUGCUUGAAGCAGUGGCAGACAGUGACCUCCGGUGGCACAACUCAGUACUGACUCAGGAGGUGAAGAACAAGAACUGUCAAAUAUCCUUGUUAGAACAGGAAAAACACGCUCUCCUCAAUCAACUCCAUGCACUGAAGAACUGCUGACUAUAAGCUGACACAUGUAUUACACCCCAAACUUACAUUUAACUGGAUGUCAUACAGUUAUUUGCAUGUAAAUAUGUAUUUAAAUUAAUAAAUGAUAGUAAAUGAUACAUAAUUUUUUUCUUUGCUUUGUGUGCAGUACAGUGAACCAGCCUGACUGGAAGGUUUUUGAAUAACUUGACUGACGUGUUAAAUGUGCUGCAGUGACUCAGCGACAGACUUUAUUUGUUAAUUCCUCAUGACUAUCAUUUAACGUUGACCUCUUUAUGCUCUCUGCUGCUGAUGACACAUUUAGGAUUAUGUCAACAUCCAAGCAUUUCCACGAAUUUGUUCCUGCACUAUUGGUCUAAUUAAAAUGUAAAAGUAUAUUAAAUAACAACUGCAAGUUCAGAAAAAGAUGCACGAGGCUUCAUUUGAACCGUAACACCUUCUAGUUUCUGUAAAUGUGCUAGCUUGGCACGUGAAUAACUCACACUCUAACUGUAAGAGACUCUGUGAAUAUAUUCAGUUGUAUGUAGACGUACAGUUGAAUAAUAGAUACACCUGGAUCACUGCAUUGAUUCUUUAUGAAAUGAAAUGUUUCCAUGUUUGGAGAUACUGUCUGAAAUGGAAACAACAUGACUAAACUGAUACCACAUGAGCAAAUGUAUUUUUUUCCUUUACUGAAUGCACUGAGUAAGUCCAAUAAGUGAGCCUCUGUGUUUAGGACUUCUCCAAAAGACACUUGAAGCAAAGUAAUCUCUUUAUAAUAAAGGCUUACAAAUUUGAGAGACUAGCCCAGGUCUCAGUUUUAGUUACGUUCAUUUCGAUGUAAUUUAUAUAGCACUGAGUCACAAAACUAGUUGCCUCAAGGUGUUUUAUAUUUAUAUUUUUAGCAAUACAACCCCAACAAUCACACAACAUCCAACGAGUUAGCAGUUGGCGACAGUGGGAAGAAAAAUUUACUUUUAACAGGAUGAAACCUCAAACUGAACCAGGCUCAGAGAGGGGCAGCCAUCUGCUACAACCAGUAACUGAUCACUUAUUAAGAAGUACAGAGAUUCACAUUGGUGGAAAAGUGAACAAAAGAAUGAUCAUCAAUUCACAAAAGACAAAUGGCAUCAUGGUUUUGGGCUGCUUUGCCACCUCAGGACCUGGACUGUGAGAAAUACCUGAGGGAAUUCACAAUGCAGGAACUCCAGCAACACUUGAGGGAAGAUGAACAACUUUAAUAAUUGACCAACGCGUUUCAGCUUUUGGCCUUCAUCAGGGUCAUAGUAAAACAUUGUAGAAAAUUGCUUAAAUACAAGACAGGAAACAGAAAAAAAUUCAAAUUAACCAGUCAAAACUUCAUAGAUAGAUCAGCUGACAUAUAAUAGGUAGGUAUUGGUUAAUUGGUCAAGUCACGCCCAAGUAAUACGUGAGGGGACAAUGGUUUAAGGUGGUAUUUUGAAGUGGUUGCUUCAAAGAUGGGAACCAGGUCACAGUGAGUUCUCUUCAGAGCAGUCAGUCUGGUUUCACUCAGCUUUCAUUCAAUGAAAUCAAACUGGCAAUUAAAUCCAUUCUGUUUAUGGAAAUAUUGCGAUUAGCUGUAAUUUUAAAAAAAAUAAAUCUAUUGCUGUCUGCAUUUACUAGAAUUCACAAUAAGUAGGCAUGGCUGUAGCUCAGGAAGUACAUCUACAAAUUGGAAGGCUGCUGGUUCAAUCCCUGGCUGCUCCAGUCCGCAUGCCAAAUAUCCUUGGGCAAGAUACUAACCCCAAGUUUCUUUUCUUAGUUUGGAGACAUGUUGCCUCCCACCAGGCAACCUGUGCAAUUGCCUUACAAUCUAAAGUGGUCGGUUACAGAAUUCAAAAAAAAAAAAAAAAAAAAAAUCAGUGCAAUCACUGAGCAAACACUAUGAUUUUCCUAGUCACAAGACUCACUUUUACCCCUCCACUGUGGAAGGCUGAUGAGGUAUUGUUGGCAGGUGGGCAGACAGGUAGCAUGGACACCCAACUUCUUGAACAAGGUAACUUGAGAACAAUGCAAUUAGGGAUUUUCAAAUCUAUACCAUAGGUGCAUCACCUAAAAAUCUCAGCGGUGUUAAAAUCUCGCUGACCUGGACCUUAAGGUAACGUUUUUCUAAAAAUCUUGCAAAUCUGAUAACUCAAGAGGGAAAUCCUCAAGAAGACUUUCAAAUGAAUUUAUCAUUUCCUGGUGCAUUUAUCAGGAGGCUGAGGGGCAGCACUGAUGGUUCUCAUUAUUUUUACUCCUAGUUUUACUCAAGUGUAAUUGAGCCAUUACUUCCUGGCUGGCAUGCUCGACUUCAUACGUCACAAAAACAUGCUCUACAAUUUGUUAACAGUACUAAAAAAUGCUGACGUCAGCAGUGCUACCCUUCACUCUCUUGGUAAAGCGCGAAUGGUGUGAAUUUGAAAGUCCUAGGUGAUGUCCUUGAGUUAUCAGAUUUGCAGGAUUUUGAAAAAAAGUUGCCAAAUUUUCUUUGCAACUUAAUGAGAUGACAUCACAUAAAAAAAAAAAUCAGUCUGCUCUAUAACACAGCUGUUCGUUUAUUAUAAUAUGCAUUACACAGUAUGGAGCUGCGACAUUACUUUAACACUCAGUGUGGGAUAAUACACCAUAAAUGCCCACCAUAUUACUGUGUAGCAAAAAAGGCUUAUCAGCCACAUUACUGAGUGAGCUGAAGAAUUAAGAUUAAGGGAAAAAUAAUGAAUAAAUGAUAGCUUAUAUGAAACCCGAAAACCAGUAAUUACACAGGCCUGAGUCAUGAGAAGAGAGAAAAGUGUUACAGAAAUACAGUCAGAUCUCAGAUUAUUUUAGCAGCUUUUGUGGGAAACUAGACAAAAAAUGUUGCAGUUUAAUUGUACUGAUGGCCAAA